AUUUUAUCUAGUCACGCCAAGCGAAAGGCGACACAAACGACGCGUGCUCGUUAAAUUGCAUAAAAUAAUUAUUGAUUUGUACAAUUGAGACUGUAAUCUUAUGGAGUUGUUAAUGCCAGCCUUAUGUAAGCAAUGAAAAUGACUUCUCCACGAAAUUCGGAAGACACCUCUCAAGCGGAUCUCUCAGCUCGUGUUUCUGUGCCAUUUCCGUCGGAAAGAGACGCAGAGAUAGUGUACAACUCGCUCCGAAUUGACCCUGACCCAAAGAGGUCUGCUUGCUCCAAGAAACUGUCUUUGGAAGGAAGCGUGCUCACAGCGAGCUUCACUGCUAAGGAAGCGAAACAGUUGAGGGUCAGUGUCAACUCCUUUUUCGACUUUCUGUUGCUUGCCAUCAACACGGUUCGCCGAUUCGGCCCUGCAUCCUGAACCCAUUUACUCUGACAAUUUGAUUAGGCCACUGCAACAGACAUUACUGACAUGGCCAUCAAGACACCAGCGCCUUUGGCCAGCCGGGCGAUCUAUGGCUAUGUUUUGUACGUGUCGUGCCACCUGGGACUUGCU